GCAACUCGCGUAAGAGAGAGAGUGUAUGAGGUGUUCCUGUCUUCAUCUAUACAUAAAAAAGUUGGAACUCUUUCUCACUCACCACUCUCUCUCUCUCUCUUCUCUCUCCCACAACAUCACUCUCUCUUCUCUCUCUCCCUUUUUCUCAUCCACCAUUCUCAAUCAACAACAAUCUUCUUCUAAACAUGUUUGUAGUUAUGGAUUCCAUGGAAAAAACCUCUGAAAAGUGCUUAGAUUCUCAACUAUGGCACGCCUGCGCUGGUGCCAUGGUUCAAAUGCCACCACUCAACACAAAAGUCUUUUACUUUCCACAAGGUCACGCAGAGCACGCUCAUGGCAAAGUGGAUUUCACCAAAACGCGCGUUCCGCCGCUUAUCCUUUGUAGAAUCUCUGCUAUGAAAUACAUGGCUGAUCCUGAUACUGAUGAAGUCUAUGUCAAAAUGAGAUUAACCCCUUUAAGAGAAAACGAGUUGGAUUCAGAACAAGAUUGUUUCCUCGGAAACAAUGGCUUAGAGGGUCAAGAAAAGCCAGCUUCUUUUGCGAAGACGUUAACACAAUCUGAUGCCAACAAUGGUGGAGGUUUCUCUGUUCCGAGAUACUGCGCUGAGACUAUUUUUCCUAGAUUGGAUUACUCUGCAGAACCACCUGUUCAAACGAUUAUCGCUAAGGAUAUGCAUGGACAGUGUUGGAAGUUUCGGCAUAUCUAUAGAGGAACACCGAGGAGACAUCUUUUGACUACCGGAUGGAGCAAUUUCGUGAAUCAUAAGAAGCUUGUUGCUGGUGAUUCGAUUGUGUUUUUGAGAGCUGAAAAUGGAGAUCUUUGUGUUGGUAUAAGGAGGGCCAAGAAAGGAGGAAUUGGCGGUGGAACGGAUCAGUUUUCUAAUUCUUCUGGUAAUUGGAACCGUGUAUCACCUUUGUUUGGUGGUGGUUUCUUGGGUGGAAAUGAGAAUAAUAGAAAAAGUGAUUAUUUGAUAGGAAAAGUUGCUUCUGAGUCUGUUGUUGAAGCUGUGAACUGUGCUGUUAAUGGAAGAUCUUUUGAGGUUGUAUAUUAUCCAAGAGCUAGUACUCCUGAGUUUUGUGUUAAGGUUUCUUCUGUGAAAUCCGCAAUGCAAAUUCAAUGGUGUUCUGGUAUGAGAUUCAAAAUGCCAUUUGAAACUGAAGAUUCUUCUAGAAUCAGUUGGUUUAUGGGUACUAUAUCUUCUGUUCAAGUUCAAGAUCCAAUUCGUUGGCCUGAUUCUCCUUGGCGUCUUCUUCAGGUAGUGUGGGAUGAACCGGAUUUACUUCAAAAUGUGAAAUGUGUGAACCCUUGGUUAGUUGAGCUAGUUUCAAACAUGCCGAAUUUCAACCUCUCGCCAUUCACGCCACCGAGAAAGAAACCGAGGUUUAUCCAAGAUCCAUAUUUUCAUCUCAUAAACCAACUUCCAAUGCCAACAACAACAUCAUCAUCAUCGUCGCCGUCAUUCUCCAACAUUAAUCUUCUCAAUUACGCGAACUCGUCUCUCUGUAACAUUCAAGAUUCUACUACGACUAAUAGUUAUUCUGCAUCAAGCAUACAGGGAGCCAGGCAUGCUCAAUUUGGACAAAAUAACCAAUCUGAUUUUCACUUCAACAAGCUUCACCAUGACAUGUUUCUUAGUAAUCUGUCGCUGUCAAGAUUCGAUCAACAACAAACUGUUAUUAGGCCCUACAAGAGCAUCAACAACAAUACUAAGAACACUGUCGACUUGUCUUGCUUGUUGAGUGUGGGAAAUUCCGGUCAAAGUUUUAAGGAAGUUUCCAAUAUUGAAGCAAAAGCACCCCACAAACACAUUUUGUUGUUUGGAAAACUCAUUCAAACCGAAGACAACAGCAACGGCUCGAAUAUUUCAAAGAGUGGUUCUUUAUCUGACGGAACUUGUUUGAAAACAUCGAAUGUUUCUUCUUCUGAACCGGUUGAGAAUUCUUCCGAUGGAGGGUCACCUUGGUAUAAGGACCAACAACAUAAGACCGAUAUUGUUGGAACAGAAAAUGUUACAACAUUGUGCAUGGCUUCAUAAGACAUGGAUCUUAUAAACAAAUUUCCUUUGCAGUAUUGUAUGAUUUGUUGUUUUUUCGGUUUGGCAUGAUUCUAUUUAGGUGCAAGUUAACAAAAAUAUUCCUUAUUUGGUUCUGAAAAAUACUGUGUUUCUGUUUUUGUUGCAACUGAAUAAACCCUUUGAGGAACUAAAGGGUAAUAUUUUCUUUAACUUGCACUUGUUUAAGGAAGUGAGGGAGAAUUCCUCUUCUGAUUAUAUGGGAUUAUGUAACUAUGAAUGAAUUUAUAUCAAGGAUUUUUUCUUA